AAAAACAUUCCUAAACCUCGCCAAAUUUGAAAAUGUUGGUUUUAGUUUUGGGCGAUUUACACAUACCCUAUCGCUGCAGUAGUUUGCCAGCUAAAUUUAAAAAACUACUUGUACCCGGUCGCAUACAUCAUAUUCUGGUUACUGGCAAUCUAUGCACCAAAGAGUCCCAUGACUAUCUGAAAACACUGGCCAAUGAUGUGCACAUAGUACGUGGCGAUUUUGAUGAUAAUCUUUCAUAUCCCGAACAAAAAGUUGUUACCGUUGGCCAGUUUCGUAUUGGUCUGUGUCAUGGCCAUCAAGUUGUUCCUCGCGGAGAUCCCGAGGCUUUGGCAUUGGUGCAACGUCAGCUCGACGUUGAUAUACUUAUAACCGGGCAUACGUACAAAUUUGAAGCCUACGAACAUGGUAAUAAGUUUUACAUUAAUCCCGGUUCAGCCACUGGUGCUUUUAAUCCGUUGGACACAAAUGUAAUACCAUCAUUUGUUCUCAUGGACAUACAAAGUUCAACUGUUGUAACAUAUGUCUAUCAACUGAUCGGCGAUGAGGUUAAAGUUGAACGUAUCGAAUAUAAGAAAAUGUGAAAUGACAACGAGGCG